CUGGUCACCACUGGCGGGUCGGGCCGGGUCCUGAGGCUCCACAGCACCAGGGAUCCGAAAGGAGAUUUAGGGCCUGGGUGGACAGGCUGAGCUCCCAGCCCAGCCAGACUCAGUCCCAGAGCAUGUUCCAGAUCCCAGAGUUUGAGCAGAGUGAGCAGGAAGACUCCAGCCCUGCAGAUAGGGGCCUGGGCCCCAGCCCCACAGGGGACCAGCCCUCAGGCCCAGGCAAGCACCCGUGUACGGCCCCAGGUCUCCUGGGGGAAGCCGGUCACCGGCAGGGACAGCCAACCAGCAGCAGCCACCAUGGAGGCGCUGGGUCUGUGGAGCCCCGAAGUCGCCACAGCUCGUACCCCGCGGGGACCGAGGAGGAUGAAGAGGUGGAGGAGGAGCUCAGCCCAUUCCGGGGCCGCUCGCGCUCAGCGCCUCCCAACCUCUGGGCUGCACAGCGCUAUGGCCGGGAGCUCCGGAGGAUGAGCGAUGAGUUCGAGGGUUCCUUUAAGGGACUUCCUCGCCCGAAAAGCGCGGGCACAGCGACGCAGAUGCGGCAAAACUCCGGCUGGACGCGCAUCUUCCAGUCCUGGUGGAGAGGAGGCUCCGCCCCCUCCCAAUGACCUUCGGUCCCACACGGCGAAGUUCCCCCUUCGCGCGCCGCCGUUGGCGGCCAUCUUGGGUAUGGGCGGAAGUCGUUCCCGCAGGCCUAUGCAAAAAGGAUUAGGUCUGUCCCUUUCGGAAGUGGUCUGACCCAGGGCCCGAUUCCCUUCCGGUGUGUGCGGGGACCCCCCGGGGGUUCGACCCCAUCGGAAGUUUUGAAGUUUGUCCGCCCGUAGCCACCGGAAGUAGCCCCCUGACCCCGGCGCUGGGCUGCCUCAGGCGCCUGCACCAAGUUGCGAAUCGGAAUACUCUCCAGAACCUUUUCCUCCGCGGUGAUCCUGCGGGCCGACGCUGGCCACGAAAUGUGCUAAUAAAACCUGCGUCUGCGCC